UGUCUGUGGGUUGUGCAUUCAUUGCCGUGGAAUAAUCUCGCGGUUAGUGUGCAGGCACUAAGAUCGUUCCACAAUAUCUGCAUUUGUGAAUGGUUCUAUGGGCCUGCUUUGAACGGAUGUUUUUCCCCUCUUUUCUAUCGUCGCAGUGAACUGCACCAUGGAUAGCGAAGCGCUUUCGUGUGCUCCUCGCUGAGAGUGAAUGGGGAUGAGGAUGUUGUUUACAAAAAGCAGCCAGCCGUCAGACCACUGACGCUCGCUCUCCCGAGAUAUAAUUUUGCAUCUAAUCUUUUAUGACACGUUUGGAAAUUACUGUCACCUCCGUCUUUACUCUAUGAAGAGAGCAAUGUCAUCGUCAGCAGACCGGCGUGGAUUUGUUGUUGUCUGAUUUUACUACUUGUCCUCUGCCAUUCGACUUCACACCGUUUAUAAUAAAGAAAGUCACUCUCAUCAUAGAUGGCAUGAGGGUAACUGGGACGAGGAAAACUUUAAAAUCCCUCCCCCUGAUCCUAACUGGUCGUCUAUACCAUGAGCUCUGGCUCCGCCCAGGAUGUGGCGGUGGAGAAUUUCCUGCGUGACAUAGAGAGGCGGGGCCAGUGGCUGCACUGUGCUGUUAUUGGCUGUGAAGAGGAAGAGGAGUAUCCCCGUUGUGACAUGAACCUCCUGUACCGCAAAAGUCGAGUGGACUGGAGACACAGAGAUCAGGAGAGUAAGAAAAGCUCCAGUUAUAAAGAUGCCUCCUCUGCGACUGUUGGGAAGGUUCGUGAUCUGGCGUCAUUUCGCCGUCAUUUCCGAAUGGGAUUUAUGACGAUGCCGGCAUCUCAGGACUUGUCGCCCCACUCUUGUGCGGCCGCCAUGGCCCCACGCUCCCAGUCCUGCCACGCUGUGGGCACCGGUGAGGGAGAGGAACUUGAAAAUGGUUAUUAUCCAAACUCAGACUCUCAAAACCAAUCAAAUACAUCCCGCUGCCCCCCAGCCAAGCCUAAACGCCACCCCAAUACUCGUCUCAGCUCCACACCUCAGCUGGAGCAUCCUGCCCGUGGGGUCCAUGCACCACCGGACACUCCGCCACCUCCACCUCCUAAUCACCUACCCAAACACCCAGAGAAGCGCAAUGCAAUGAAGAAGUCAGAUUCAGGUGAAAUGUCAGGACGGAAAGUUCCUCCAUUGAAACCAAAACGGAGUCCAAGCACACAGCUCUCCUUUGACCCCCCGCCUACUCGAGUCCCACCCCCAACCACACCUCUCAACUUCCAGAGCUCUGAACCCUCUCCACGUGGUGAGGGGGGAGACGAUGAACCAGUUUACAUUGAGAUGGUGGGCCAGGUGUUCACCCGAGAGACUCACUGUGCUCCCACUCCUCUCCCCCUCACACCCUCUGCCACCACGCCUGACUCUGACUCAGACCAAGGAGAGGCCAUCUAUGAAGAGAUGAAGUAUCCACUACCAGACGAAGCAGCUCGAGAUGCCCACCGCCGCUUGCCACUUAAACAAGAACGUAUUAAGUCCUCUAAAUCUUACCACUCCUCUAUCAUUUCAUCCGCCUCCUCUUCCACCUCCUCCUCUCUCCCGCGCCCCUCAUCCUCUACUCCGGCCUGCUCCUCCUCCAAGCCUAAAGUGACCGUCUCCACCUCUCAUUCCUCUCCUCUUCCAUCAUCCUGUUCUUCUGCAUCCUCCACUCCCAUACCUCAACCCCUCUCCUCGUCACCUCACCCUCCCCGUGCCCCCACACCCUUCCUGUUGCCAGGAGCGAAGCCUGAACAUGAGUCCAGCUCUAGUAAGAUUCCAGCACCCUUUCCUAACUUGCUUCAGCACAAGCCCCCUCUUCUGGCAUUUCCUCAGCCAGCUGCUGCCUCCAGUGGAGUGGGGGUUCAGCACAAGUCCAGCUCGGCCAAGAUCAGCGUGCAAUCAGCCUCCAGCCUGCCAAUGUCAACCAGCACCUCCUCUGGCACUAGCUCCACUAGUACUUCCAAAGAGUCCUCUGGAAUCGAGAAGGAGAAGGAGAGGAGGGAAGGACAGCUGGGACCGGCACCGGGACUCAGAGCUCGGAGUCAUUCCACUCCUCUUCCUCCAUCGUCGAAAUCCUCCUCUCCAUAUUCCCACCACCAUCAUCAUCAUCACUCACACCACCGGCCUUCCCACUAUCAUCAUUAUCGCAAGCCUGAUAAAGAGGCCUCUUCUACGGGCAAAGGGUCAGGGCAAGCUCAGUCCUCCACCCAGACACAGUCUAAGGAGGGCAAGUCAGUCAGCUUCCUGCUCAAGUCCGAGAAACCUGAGCGAGACAGGGAGAGGGAAAGAGACAGAGAGCGGGACAGAGAGAGGGAUCGUGAUCGAGAGAGAGACCUGAGCACGCCAUUGUCCAACUACUCAGACACCCCAUCCUCAAACACAUAUACACACACUUCUCAAACCGGUACUAGCACCACGCCGACCUCGAGUCUACCACAAUCAUCAACAGCAGCCACAGCACCUUCCUCCUCCUCUUCUUCUUCCACUCAACGUCCCCCGUCUCGUUCUCAUAUGCACCGUUCACACACACCCCACUUGUCUCAUGGCCUUCCUGCUUACAAACCUCCCUCCACCGACAGUCCCCUGCUCUGGACUUACCCUUCUGUCGGUUUCCGCCACCCACCUGCCUAUGACAGCUUGCGUGGGGGCUCGCAGUUGCCAUCCUUGUACACAGACCCAACAAAAACUGGAUCUGCAACCCUGGCUUUGCAGGCCAAGACCGGGUUCAUUCCAUGGGAGAGUGCAGCUGGAUUGGGGCUCACCGAUGAACAGGCUUACUGGCCCAUGCACAGAAAAUUAUCAUUCAGUCAUGGGAGCCGAGACACAGAGAAGGAAGAUGGGAGUGUGUGGAACGGCAGUUCAGAAGCUCCUAUAAGGAGAGAAAGGGAUGACAUAGGAGCAGCCAUGCGGGGUGGAGGACACUCCGGGAUCCCUGUGCGGGCAACAGGGAGACACAGUGAAAGUUUGGCAGGGGCAGACGGACCCCCAGGGCUGAGAGGACUGAUACGAGCAGGACUGCCCUUACCCUGCCAAACCUUCCCAGCAUGCCGCAACGGAGAGAUGGGUCGACUUGGCAGGUCGUCCUCCACAUCAGGAGUGAGGCAAGUCGGGGGUGACGUUCAAAGGCAGAGCAGUCUGCCAGCCAGAGAGGCACUCAACCAGUUCCAUGCGCUCUCCCAGGUUCAGUCUCAGGCUCCCUGCAGUCCGUCAAUGACCCGGCAGCAGUACCAGCACCAGCAGCAAGUUCAGCUCCAGUUCCAGCAGCUGGCUCAGCUCGCCGCACAGGCCCAGGCUCCCAUCAACGCAGGCUCAUCCUCCCCAGCCCAACGUGAUGGAAAGCUCCUGGAGGUGAUUGAGAGAAAGCGCUGCCUGUGUAAGGAGAUUAAGGCACAUCGCAGGCCGGAUAAGAGCUUAUGUAAGCAGGACAGCAUGCCUAUUUUACCCAGCUGGAGGAGAACACCAGAGCCAAGAAAGACUGGAACACCACCCUGCCAGAGGCCACAGGCUGUGGUGUGGGACACGGCCAUCUGACCAAGAGGGAAGAGAGACGAUGUAGGAGGUGGGGAGAAAGAAAGACAUGCAAAUGACUGAGAGAGAUACAGUGAAUGAAAAGAUACAAUGAAAUGAGAGAAGUGGCCUUUGAAUGAAGAGAUUAUAAAACAACUAGAAUAAUGGCAGGGAAGAUAAAGCGAGAGAGAGGGAAAAGAAUGUGUAGUGCUGAAAGAAUAGCAUGAUUUAGAUUCAAUCUCUCUGUAGAGUUUGGAGAGAAAUCAUUCAGAGUGUUUAUGUGCCAUAUAGCUGCAGCAGCCUAAACACACAUACAGUAUACACUCACACUCAAAAAACACUCACUGGAGAUCCACUUCAGAUUUAACUCGCUCUGACCUGCUGCGAAUAUAACCUGUGCUGCUGAGUUUACAACCUUUUCGAACACUGGAAACCUUUGGGACACCAUGAACAUGAACGAGGGGGAGAUAUACGUUCUUUUCUUUUAAGGAAUAAAGAAAUUAUAAAAACGUAAAGAAGUGUAAAAACCCAAGAGACGCUACAAGAUCAUAGUGUGUGUUUCUUCCUAUCAUAAACUGUCUGUAAUUUUGGGCUAGUCUGUUUUUACUGACCAGACUUACUCAAUUAUGCUGCUGUUUCUGGGUACCCACUAGACUAAUGUUUUUUACAUUCCAGAAGAGAGAGAGAGAGUGAGUGCGCGCGCGCGCGCGUGUGUGUGUGUGUGUGCGCGUGCAUGCGUGCGUGUGUGGUGAACUUUAUAGAUGUGCAUUAGAGGUGUGUGAUGUUGGAUGCGGAAAAGAAAUGCUUUAGCGGGUGCAAAAUGGCAAUCUUACAAGAAAAAAAGUCAAUAAAACACAAAACUUUUCUGAUAUAUGUAUAUCAUAAAAAGUCAUAAACUCUUGCUUACAUGCUUAUACACACAUUCAGAUACAGUAAUGGAGGAUGAAGGGUGAUAUGGUGCUGUUGUAGUUUGUAGAAGAGUGAUCAUUUGAUCAAUUUUUCUAAUUACUGCCUAUUAAUUGAGUGCCAAUUUGCUGAGUGUGGUGGCACAUGAGUCUGCAUAUCUGGGUGAUUGAAGAAGCUGAAGUUCUGACUUUUGUAGCAAUAUUUGUUAAAGCAGAUAGUCUAACACCCUCAAGAUAACAAUGGAGAAAAAACAAUAACCAGUUACAUCUAGGACAGAGCUUCAUCGUAUUAUUUCACAAGGACACAAAAUCAGUCUUAACGAUAACUUGAUGAAAACAGUGAAAAUAGCAACCAUUAAGUUUAAAGGAAGAGAGUCAUUAAAGGAAUGACUAGCGUGAUUGUUUUUUUUUUGGGGAUAAUUUACUCACCCUCAUGUUUUUCCAAACAAGUGUGACUAUUUUUCUUAUGUGGAACACAAAAAGAGAUGUUUUAAAUAAUACCUUAGUGCAUCUUUUCAAUACAAUGGCAGUUGAUAAAUACUCACUUUAAAGCUUAAAAAGACCCCAAAAUGAUCAUAAAAGUAGUCCAUGCGACUCAUGCUUCAUGCAGUAUUCAAUGUCUUCUGAAGACAUAUUCUUUCACAGUGGCACACAUGUAAUUUAGUAACUGUAAUCGAAUUAAAUAAUUUAAAAUGCAAUGUGUUGCACUACUUUGACUAAGAAGUACAAAUGUACUUUGUAAUCUAACCCAACACUGCACAUAGCACUCAUGAACGUGUAAUGACGUCAAGAUUUUCACUAAAAAACUUACUUGCAUUUAAAAAUAAAUCUGACCACAACUAAUCAUAUGACCUUAGAAGACUUGGAUUAUAAUGCAGGAGAUGCGUGGACUACUUUCAUUAUAUUUUUUUUAUCCUUUCUAGGUGAGGAACACUGCCAUUGUAUUGAAAAGACGGACCUUGAUAUUCAUAAAAACAUUUCCACAUAAGAAAGUCAAAUGGGUUAGGAAUGAUAUGAGGGUGAGUAAAUUAUGACAGAAUUUAGAUUUUCAGGUGAACAAUUACUUAAACAAAAAAAAAAAAACAGGUAAAAAUGUAAAGACCAAUAUACUGGCUGCUUUAACACAAAGUGUCAUUGCACCACUGUUCAGCUAAAAACAUUCGUACUACCACAAUUUUGUAUCUGUUAACAUUCAAUCCGUAUCAGAAUGAUCAUACCCUGACCCAUCUCCAUGAGCUAAUGUCCAACUUUCAGUCUCAGUCCGUUUGACAGCAUAGCCUAAUGUGUCAAUCAAACGGGGUUGCCAUGGGGUCAGGCUUGAGAAUGGGAAGGGUAUCCAUGACAGUAAGAUCACAUAUAUGUAAGGUCUUUGUCAGUCACGUCCUACUACAAUCAGGGUGAGCUGUCUAGAAACCCCCCCAUUUCUUAGAAUGAAAAAACAAUUUUUAAGAGCAAACUUCACCUCACACAGUCCAACACUCACACACACAUGCAUCUACACAACAUACUGGAACUUUCCACACAAAAGAAUGCAAACCACACAACAAGCUCUCAAGAUUAAAACAAGAAAAAAAAUAAAAAUACACAAGUGUUAAAAUCUGUAAAAUAAACAUGUACAACUAUAAUGAUUAUGUAGCAAUUAUUUCCACUUUCAUACUUGUAAUCAAUAAAUAUAUUGUAGCAUAUAAUGUAUAAAAAUACAAGGUGUGCGUUUUAUAAAGAAAUUUAGUAGUUUUAUCUGUGGCUACCUGUCUACACUGUAAUGAAUGGACCGCUGAAAGGCGAGCCCUCUCUACUAAAUUCACAGUCUCAGACACAUACACCAACAUUUUGUUUCCGGCUAGUGUCAUGCAAGUCCCUUUAAGCAACUUAAGUCUGAUUGCAUUCAUACCCUCACAAACAUACUCCCCUGUUUCUGUACAGGUCCACACAGCUCGUUGGAAUAUCACUUGGAUAUUUUUGAAACUGCUUCUGCUGCUAUAUUGAAUUACUACUGUUGCUUACAUAUCCCUCACUGUUGUUAUUUAAUUUAUUUAGUUCAUUCUUUUUUAGUACUAUUUUGUUUUUCUUGUUAUCAUGUGGGAUGGAGUUUUGGGAAGUGGAUCCUUCUGUAACCAUUGGUAAUUGAAUGUUUCUCAGUUGUUGUAGUGGUUGUAUUUUAAAGUUGUUGUUAUUUUUAGAGUAGUUAGCAGCACCAACCUGCACAGUUCUCACCCUGGCAACACUACUAAAAUAUAUUGAAGGCAAUGUAGCUAGGGUUUGACUUGUUGUCACCUCGACACCAGGGUUUUCAUUGCAACACUGCACCACCCAGGUGGCCAUUUUAAAUACAGUCUUUAUCAAACAGUACGGAGGACCACAGAAGAGGAGGGCCGGUGCAAUGGAUGCUGAGAGUCCUUGAAGGAUUCCCUUAAACAUUCAGUAAGGUUGGACUGCAUCCCAGUCUAUUUCAAUUGUGCCCAGUUUGUACUUCAGAUAUACUAAAUAAUCAUCUAGUGGCAAUUUAUUAAGAUGAAAAGGGUAACUUAAGUAUUAUUGGGUAAACUAGUUUACAGAACCUGUCGGCUUUGCGUGUCUACAUAAAAGGUGGCCAUAUUAUGAGUGCCAUAAUAUAUUGGUAUGGUAAGAUACGGUGUAACUUGGAAAUCACUGUAGUGCUAUAUUUGCUUUGAUAUCGUCAUUAAAUAAAUUUUAUA